AUGGCUGCGGCUAUCAACGACAAAACGGUGGAUUUCACCCAACCCUGGAGAUUCACCGAUCUCGUUCUUGUGGUUGAAGAGCAAAGAUUCCAUGUUCACCGCGUGGUUCUUGCACUUUCGUCACCAAUGUUUGAGAAAAUGUUUACAUCUGAAUUUGCAGAAAAGGAAAUGCAAGAAAUCCCUCUCCCAGGCAAAAGGGCGAAUGAAUUCAAAGAACUGCUUAAAUGCAUUUAUAAUUUUGUGAUCGGUCAGAAAUACAGAAUGCAAGUGGUCAUCGAGACAUGUGAAAACUUUUUAGUGAGCAAGAUAGAAACAAAACCGGACGAUGAGGUCCUUGAGGAAUUACUAUUUGCUCAAAAAUACGGACUGAAUAAACUUGAGAAAGCCUCUAUUGAAAGAGCUAAAUUAAAUGCCUUAGUCUGGAAGAGCUAA